UUCCCUUACUCUCUUAGCUAUCUUCCAUGGCAUUCCUUGCCAAUCAUUUAUCUUUCUUCCUCCUAAUUACUCUCUUAUCCUCAUUGCAAAUCCAUGCAAGAGACAACAAAUUCUUCAACAAAAUUUCCACCAACAACAAUGGUCAUGAAAAAGAGACAAAGGAAGUAACUCCAAACAAAGAGCAAGAACCAAAUUUCAUACCUGAAAAUGAAAAUGGCUAUGGUGUUUAUGAUGAAUCAGGUCAGCUUUCACCUUCUACUACUACCCCUAUGAAUAACCUUCUUAAUAGCAAGUACCUUCCCAAGAAUUACAACCCUGUCGCAUAUGUUACUGUCCCUCAGGACAAUCCUAAUAACAACAACGACGACAACAAUAAUAACAACUACAACCAAUAUUACAAUGGUGAUACUACUUAUGGCAAUGUCACCGAUAACAACAAUAACAACUACAACCAAUACUAUAGUGGUGACAAUACUUAUGACAACGGCGACAACAACAAUCAGUACUAUAGUGGUGACAAUACUUACAACAACAACAACAACAACCAUUACCACAAUGGUGGUAGCGAUUACUACAACAACAAUAAUUACCCUGGCAAGAAUGUUGGCAACAGUUACUACAACGAUCAAGAACAAAGCUAUCCCCUUGACUAUAACCACUAUAAUGUUGGCAAUGGUCAGGGGGUGCAGAAGCAGCGCAUGAGUGACACAAGGGUCUUGGAAAAUGGGAAAUACUCCUAUGAUGUCAAUACAGAGAAGUAUGUGAGGGAUCCACAUGAAAAUUCAAGAGAAUUUGCGAACUCCUAUGCUGAUAAUGAGUUAAGCAACUACAACAACGUCAAUUUUGUGAAGUAUGAGAAUGAAGAGGAGUUCCAACCAGAAGGGGACAUGCCUUGA